AUCAAGAUCUCGCUUCACAGGUCAAGCAAUGAAUGAUACACUAGAUAACAACAUCAGUGAAGCUUUCAACAGUGUUCUUAUUCAUGCAAGAGGAAAACCAAUUAUCACCAUUAUGGAGGAUAUCAGAGUUUAUCUCAUGAAAAGGUGGGCCACCUAUAAAACCAAGGUGGCAUCUAUGGACUUCACCAUAUGCCCAAAGAUAAAGAAGAGACUUCAGAAGGAAUGUAAUAUGUCAAGAUUUUGGGUGCCAAGUUGGUCUGCACGAAAUAUUUUUGAGGUUAGGCAUACUUCAUCAGUUGGGAACAAGUUCACACUGGACCUGGACACAAAGGAGUGUAGCUGCAGAAAGUGGAUGAUUAGUGUCAUCCCAUGCUGUCAUGCAAUUGCAGCAAUGAACUACUCCAACGUUGAUUCAGAGAAUUUUAUCCCCACUUUGUUCACAAGAUCCACCUAUGAAGAGGUGUAUGCGUCCAUAAUUUUUCCACUCAAUGGCCACCUAUUAUGGGAAACCACAAAUUUCAAUGAUUUAUUACCCCCAGUGAUGAGGAAGAUGCCUGGGAGGCCAAAGAAAAAAAGGAGGUUGGAAGCAUGGGAGCUAACUAAGGAUGACACUCAAAUGCGUGUUGGUGGACAUAGGAAAAAAUGUAGUAUUUGUCGUCAGAGGGAGCACAACAAGAAUAAAUGCCCUUUAAAGCCCCAGCCAGUAGAAACAACACAACCAUCACAGCCACCUCCAAGUUCCCCGACCCCUCAACCAUCACAGCCACCAAGUCCCCAAUCAUCCAGUCCAACAAAAUGCAAAGUCAGAAGAAAAGAUACUUAGAUGAAUUGGUUUAUUAGAUAGUUAACUUACAUGGUAUGGUGGUGUAAUAUGUACUGUUUGUUAGAUGAA